GAUUCGCGCCACUCCACCAAGCCCUGACCAUCCUUGUUUGCUCGCCUCUCUCUCUCGGACGGGGUGGAUUCAUGGUCCUUAUCUCCACGAACGCUGAUCGCUGAUUCUUCGCCAUAGUUUGUAUCGAUACUGUAGAAACUCAGUUAUCUCAAUUUUGAGAGAUACUCCGGAGGACUGCCUUUCUUGCCUGGGAGAAUCCACGGAUGGCGCCUGAGUUAGCGAAAGACAGCUGAUUCCACGCAGUCUAGGGUCGAAGUAGGUUCGUCGUCGCUCUGUCCCACCCGUCAGCACGGAUUCGUAUCGAUGCAUGGAAACUAGCGCUCGCGUACGAUCGAUCCUGUGCCGUUGAAGGCAGCAUUCGCUCCCAUGGCGAAGGAGUCCGUCGCGAGUAUCCGUACCCUCUCCACAAGCGCCUCGCUUUUCCUUUCUGCAUGCCUGCUAGCGGCGCUCGUUCCAGCGUGUGCCGCGCUGGGAUCCAACCCUACCACCGCGUCUCUCGCCGCGUCUCGCGGCGUGCCCUCGUCCGCGGCGCCCAAGGCCGGCCCGCAGAUCAGCAGCCUGCUGCUGCUGCUGCCGCCCCGCGCUCGCAAUCCCGUCCGAUUCCACCUCCUCGGAUCCAACGGCUGCUUCUCCUGGGCAUGGGACCACCACGACCUGCUGCACGUGGAGCCGCUCUACAACACCACCGCGGACGGGAAUGCCGCCUCUGAUACAGCACCACCAGCACCACCCCCAGCAGCUCCCGAUGGGAGGGCGUGGAGCUCCCAUGGCAGCAGCAGCAGCAGCGGUGGUCCGCGUGGGCGCUGUUCGACGAGCGCCAUAAUCUCGUCCACGGCGAGGUACUCCGGUGCGCCGCGCACCACGGCCGUCAUCGCCACGGACGUGCUCUCCGGCGCGCUGCUGCGCUGCGAGGUGCGUGUGGACCUGGUGCAGCGCGUGGCCAUCUUCCACCGCAGCCUCAAGAUGGGCCUCAGCAGCCUCGCGGACCUCGAGGUGCUCGCCUUCAACGACCAGGGUGACGUGUUCUCGUCAGUGGCGGGCCUCGCCUUCCACUGGUCCCUCACGCCGGUCCUGCCGGCGCACCGCCAACCCGAUGCCUCCCCAGCGCCACGUGGCGGGCGGGCAUUGGAGCACCGGCUGGAGCACGUGCCUCUGGAGGAGGCGGCGCUGCUGCUGGAAGGGGACGAGCGGCGUGGCGCCGCCACGGACGACCUGGGGGUGGAGCGGUCGGACGUGUACGUGGUGAGGGGGGUGGCGCCCGGCCAGGAGAGGGUGUCCGUGGAGCUCAUGGACGCUGACGUCACCACCGCUGCUGCUUCAGGGGCAGCAGCGCCCCCAUCCCUGCCGUCUGACGCCAUCACCCUCACGGUGGCCCAGGCCUUCUCCCUGCAGCCGCCCUCCCCCGUGCUGCUGCUGCCUGGCGCCCGCCUGCCCUUCCGCCUGCUCACCUUCACCGACAACACCGUCACUCCCGUGAGUCUGCCCUCGCCAAGCUAUGCGUGGGCCACAGGCAACGCGUCGGUGGCGUCGGUGCACCCGGCGCAGGGGCUGCUGUCCGCGCUCGCCGUGGGCAGCACCACGCUCACCGCCGCUGAUGUCCGCAUGGCGGACCACCAGCAGGCCGCCUCCAUCCACGUCGUGCCACCUGGCGACCUCAAGAUAUUUCUGGUGCCACUCGGGGAAGGUGGUGGGGCGGGCGAUGGGGAGGUGUGUUCCGAUGCAGGUGCACCCGGGGGAGGGGGCCUGCCUGGCGCUGUAGCCUGCAGGGCUCUGGCGGAGCCAGUAGCCAGUGGAGAGGACACGUGGCACCUUGUGGUUGGACGCGAGUACGCGCUCUGGGUGCAGGUGUUCGCUCAUGGCUGGGCCAGCCGCCCUGUGCUGCUGACUGAGGCGGACACCCUCCUGCUGCGCUUCGACCACCCGCCUCUGUGGACGGUGCUGGGUGAUGCUCAUGCUGGCACGGGCGCUGGCAUUGAAGCAGCAUCACGACUUGUGCCUGCGACUGUGGGAGGGGGAGGAGGUGGUGGGGAGGAGAGGAGCCGAGUGGUGGUGGUGCGAGGUGGGCAGCAGGGGAAGGGCGACGUGCAGGCAGAGCUGUGGUACCGAGAGAUACAGAGCGGUGGCAAGGGGCGGGAGGAGAAGGUGGUAGUGGCGCAGGCCAUUCGCGUGUGCGACCCUGUUGCCGUGCACCUCCCCUCUGCGGCACUGACACCUGCUGCCGCAUCCGCGUCCUCCCCCUCGCCUUCGCCUUCUCCCUCCCUUGGGGACCCCGUCCGCGUGGUGCAUCUGCCGUGGGUGCCACAGCUCGCCUCUGCGCCUGCGCACCUGCGGCAGCACCUGCUGCUGCUGCCAUCAGGAGGCUGUGGGCGACGACCUGCUGACUACGACUGGACCAGCUCUGAUACCACUGUCGUCCACGUGGCGCCCUCUGGUUGGCUGACUGUGGCUGGGCCUGGCGUUGCAACGGUGCGGGUGACAGCAGCGGUAGACGCCAACAACUACCACCAGGUGGAGGUGCGGGUGAGCGUGCCACGCGCUAUGGUGCUCAUGGCCGAGGACGACAGCGAGGCUUUGCACUUGGGCGUGCGAGAGCGAGUGCGAGUGGAGGCCCUUGUGGGCGAUGCUCUGCUGCUCGCCGCUCGCCUGCUCUCGUCCUCAGGAGUGCCGUACACCAACUGCACCGCUCUGAACCCGUUCACACAGUGGCAUCUGCAGCCGCUGCCACCUGCCACCACCCCCGUCUUCGCCCUCGUGUCGCCACCCCCCCUCGCCGCCACCACACCUUCGCCCCUCUCGCCCAUCUGUGUGUGGGCGCCUCUCUCCGCCAUCGCCCCCGGCCGCACCCACGCCACGGCCCUCCUGCCCAUGCCGCCCAGCACACACGCUGCUGCUGCUGACACUGGUGACACAGAAAGGACGGGAGGGGGAGGCGGGGAGGCGGAGGGGCAGGGGGUGCAGGGGGAGUGGACGGUGGCGGGGUAUGAGGCCAUGCGCGUGGCGCAGCUGGGGGAUGGCUGGCGCCAGGGCGGCUACGGCCUGCCAGGCGCUCUUGCUGCCGCUGCGGCUGCUGCGGCUGGAAGGCAUGGUGACUUAUCUGCAGCAGCAACAGGUGGCCUGCCAUCAGCACCAGCAGCAGCACCCCCAGCAGCAGCACCAGCAGCAGCAGCAGCGCUGUCCAUCGGUGCAGGCCUGUCAGUGCCCUCACUCCUGCUAGCGCCCGGCGCCUCCAUGGCGGUGGCAGUGGCAGGGGGGCCGGACAGGUGGAUCCCAGGCAGGCAGUUUCUGGAGGAGGUGCACGUGGUGGGGGUGGGGGAGAAGGGGCAGGUGGUGGCUGGUCGGGGGGAGAAGGAGGGGAAGGGGGGAGGGGCCCGGUGGGAGGGCGAGGGGGGAGGGGCGGUGGUGGUGGAGCGGGUGGGGAGCAGGGCAGGCAGGGAGUACGUGGUGUGGUGUGAGAGGGGCAUCGCUGCAAACCACAGCUUUCACGUCACCUUCACCAGGGGCCACCUGCCCUCCCCCCACGCCCUGCCUGCCCCCCUGCCUUCUGCCUCGUUUCUCCUGCACUGCUCGCUGCCUGCUGCUGCCGCCGUUCUGCUCGAUGACUCAGCUCGCCUCCCUUCAGCGAUAGCAGCAGCAGCAGCCUCGUGCCAGCACCCAGUAGCUGAUUGCCAUUUGCCACCAAUCACGCUGGUGACACAUCAGCACGUGCGGCUGGUCGCUGCAGCCCUGUCUCCCUCCGCUUUCCCCUUUGCCAACGCGUCCAGCCAGUGGCUGCCUGCCGCGUGGCAGCUGGAGGGGUGUGAUGACGUGGCAUGGUUGGCAAACGUGGCUGACAAGUCCAGCACUGGCGCUGAGUGGAGCAGAUGGGUGGACACAGGCGGCAUGGGGGGCGAGUGCCUUGUGCACGUGGACGUCGCCGCCCUGCAUGCCAAGCACGGCUCGCCGCACCCCUUCCACAUACGCGGCACCGCCACCCUCCAGGUGGUGACGGCGCUGAGGCUGGACCCACAGGCAGCGGAUGUGACAGUAACGGGGGGCACCUCCGAGCUUCAGUUCUUCAUCUCCGACCAAUCGGUGGCUGCCAUUGUGCCACAUGGCGCUGCUCCAACAGUCCAGCUGGCGGCGCGUGCACAAGGCGAUGCCACGUUGACAGCGGUGGAUAGUGGUCUCUCCCAUCCGCUCUCUGCCAACGCCUCGGUGGCAGUGGCGGACGUGGCAUGGGUGCGCCUGCACCCUGAGGGCGCACAGCCGGCCACGGCAGCAGGGGGGAUUUUUUCUGGUACGCAGAGCAGCGGCGAGUGGUGGGUGCAGGUGGGCGCCACUGCGCGCAUCUCACUGUCUGUUGGGGACACGCUUGGCCGCCUCUUCCCCACGUCCCAGUUUGCGUGGAUGGGCCUGGAGGCGCACGGCAUGGCAGGCGUGGUCUCGCUGCGCCUUCCCUGCUCGCCCGCCUCCUCUGCCGGCGGUGACGUGGCGUGCUCUGAUUCGCUGGAGCUCACAGGGACUGCCGUGGGAGUCACCACUGCCCUCCAGGUCAGUGCGGGCAUCCACCUCUCUUCCCGCCGGGUCUUCUCCGACGCCAUCCGCAUCACCGUCUACGCGCCGCUCGCCCUGCUCCCCCCGGCACUCGUCCUCGCCCCAGGCGCAUCCUACCUUCUGCAAGCCACGGGCGGCCCAUCCUCCCCAUCCACCACCAUCGCUUUCGCCUCCUCCCAUGCUGACGUGGCACAAGUUGAUUCGUUCUCUGGCCUCGUCACGUCUCGUGCCGUUGGCACAGCUGUCAUCCGAGCCAUGGCGUUAGGCUCGGCAGGGCAGGUCUUGAGCGCUGCCGAGUCUCGGGUGGAGGUUCGGGUGAUGGAGCGGGUGGCGCUGAGUGUGGGCAAUGGACAGCUGGCAGUGGGGGAGGAGAUGGCGGUUUUCCCCACAGGCGAGCACGAGGGCGAGGAUGUGCUCUCGUUUGCGCGGGUGUGCCGCAGCUACCACUGGACCGUCAGCCACCCUCAGCACCUUCAGCUGCACACCGCAGCGCCCCUCGCUACAGAGCUGUCUGUCCGCAGCAGCAGUGGCGGUGGCAACAGCGGGGACGGGGAGAGCAACAGUGACAGUGGUGCGGUGGACAUUGGCUUCUCGGCGCGCAUCACUGCCAGAGCGCCUGGCACAGCCACCGUCUCGCUCGCCUUCUCCUGCUCCUUCCCCUCCUCGCCGCCCCUCCGCCGCUCCUACUCCGCCUCAGCCACCAUCACCGUCGUCCCCACUCCCCCACUCGCCCUUGGCAUCCCUGCCACGUGGCUGCUGCCCAUUGGCUACACCUCCUCCCCACUGCUGCCUCACUCCCUCCCGACCACGACUGCUGAAGGCGCAUCAUCUGCUGCUGCUCCCCGCUACUCCUACUCCCUGCUGCAGUCCCCCCCCAACAGCGCGCACGUGUCCUUGGCAGCGGGGGGGCGCAUCUCAACUGCAGACCGUGCGUCGCUGGGGUGCAUUGCUGUGUCCGACUCUGCCACGGGGCGCCACGAGAUCGCUGCUUGCGUGCGCAGCGCCCAGGCGGCCCAGCUCACGGUGGGCGACAACGACUUCCCCUUCCAUGCGGCUGAGCUCUCCGUGCCAGCUCAGCAGCUCUUCUCCGUCCACCUUAGGGACAGCCUCGGAGUGCCCUUCCUGGAAGUUUCCGAUGCGCGGGUGGAGGUGGAGGUGGACAGGCCGGACGUGGUGUCCGUGGCGGUGGUGGCCAGCCAACCAGAUCGCGACACGUGGCAGCCAGCCAACUUAACGGUGGUAGUGAAGGCAGUGCAGCAGGGCACAGCAGUGGUGCGGGUGAGGGUGCAUCCUGGGCCAGGGCGAGGGACACGUGGCAGCCUGCCAUUGGUGGACUUCAUUACAGUGCAAGUGGGCGCAUACGUGUUUCCUCGUGACCCCCUCGUCCCCCUGGGUGCCUCCCUCAACUUCUCCCUCUCACACCGCCACCACCAGCAAGCGUUCGCUGGCAGCAGGGGUGGCAGGUGGGUGAGCGGCAACAGCAGCGUGCUGCUGGUGGACGGCAGCACAGGGGAGGCCCGUGCCGUGGGGGAGGGCGCCACUGUGGUGAGUUUCAACGCGUCUCGCCUGACCACGUACACGCGGGUGACCGUGCUGCCAGUGCUGUCAGUGGCUGUCCACCCCCCACACGCCACGCCCCUUCUCGGCAACGCGCCGCCUCUUGCUGCUGCUGGCCGGCCCGUCCACUUCCCAGUCCAAUUCAGCGACUCCCGGGGUCAGCGCAUGGGGCGGCCUGUGGGAUCCCCGGAUGUGCCCUUCUCAUGCCACGUGGCUCCCAGCAUGCUUGGCACUGCCGCUCCUCGCUUUGACUCCGCCUCUCAAUCCUACGUCUGCGCCUUCACCCCAGCCCCCCCUGCUCGCAUCUUCUCCGCCCUCACCCUAUCCUCCCCCUCCUCAUCAGCAGCAACAGCAGCAGCAGUAGCUGGGAGGCUAGGGGGAACGCACAGGGGGGAGGCGGGCAGCGGAGUUGGGGGGGUGGCAAUGGCGGUGACGGCAGUGGUGGAGGCAGCGGGGGCGGGGCUGGGCGCUCGCCCUGCAGUGCAGGGGGAGGCGGUGGUGCCGUUUGUGGGGGGCUUCGAUGUGCUGGGGGGGGGAGAGAUCGCCCUGUCGCUGCCCGCCAACAGCACCACCAUCCGACUCGUUGGCAACACAAGCUCAGUGCAGGUGGCUUGGCGAAACAAAGCUGCACUGGUGGUUCGGAGGGCAGGUUCGGGCCCAUGGCACGGUGGGAGGGGAGUCAGUCAGGGCUCGCGUGCACCCGGCGCCGGCGGUGCUCGCAGCGGCUCACGUGCUUCAGAGGGGCUUGCAGUCCUGGCAGAUGAGACGCUGUUUGCCAUUCAGGUCAUGCUUGGGGACCAUUCGGACCACCCGCCUGCAUCCUUUGAGGAUGACGUUGUCUUCACUGACCCUGGCACAGGGCAAAGGGAGACAGUGCACGUGACGUUCAACGCGGCAGCGCCACCCGCCGCCUUCCUCCCUCUCAACCUGCUGUGGCUCGCCGCCCUCACCGCCGCCAUCGCCACGCUCAUUCUCCUCCUCCUGCACCUCGUCAGCCCCUCCCACCCGUACAUCCCCCAGCCGCGCCCCCCGCCCUCCCCUCUCCCCACGCCCUCGCCCCAGCGGCCCGGGUCCGCUUUUCAGACGCCCAGCUCGGGCCCCUUCUCCCCGGUGUCUCCCUUCAGCCAGAUGCGGUCGCCAAGCCCCGAGUAUGUGAGCUAUGCAGGGCGCACCAUCCAUAGGGCCCCUGGGUACACCAACCCCAUGGAGGAUCCUCGUGGCAUGUAUUGAUUUGUUGCUCAAUUGUUCCGUCAACUACGUUUGGUGUAUGCUGGUGCUCCUAGUUGGGGCAAGAAUGAGACAGUUUUCAGCCGAAUCAUGCUCGCGUGCUUGUUAUAGGAUUCUUCUAUGAUUUGUGUCCACGUGUGCCUUGAUCAAUGUCACAAAUAUGGGUUGACA